CCACCAAUCCUAUUAACAGAUGUAUCUCGUGCAGUCAGUCAUUGGCUGAGAUCUCGAACUGUGAUUUCUCCUGUCACGAUUUUCGGUGUUCGUCUCACAAUCGCGGACAAGGUGCUGACACCGCGCAUUGCAGACCGUCCACACUGGAAUACGCACUCCAGGAGUGGAACUAAAGAAGAAAAAGGCAUUUUGUUUGUCAAUUUUUAUUGUCGGGUAAAGACGGCGGAGGAAUAGAGCAGGAUUUUACCAGCGGGGUGUUGGAGCUGCAGCAGCCGUGUUUCAGAUCUCUUUGAGCGGGCUAACAGCUGUAACCAUGCCAGUGUUCCACACGAAGACCAUCGAGGGCAUCCUUGAGCCGGUGGCCCAGCAGAUCUCCCACCUGGUCAUUAUGCACGAGGACGGGGAGGUGGACGGGAAGGCCAUCCCGGAUCUGACCGGGCCGGUGGCCGUGGUAAAAGCAGCGGUCAGUAACCUUGUCAGGGUGGGAAAGGAGACUGUUCAGACCACUGAGGACCAGGUGAUGAAGAGAGACAUGCCUCCCGCCUUCAUAAAGGUGGAGAAUGCGUGUUCUAAGCUCGUGCAGGCAGCUCUGAUGUUGAAGGCGGAUCCCUACUCGGUCCCUGCCAGAGACUACCUCAUUGACGGUUCCAGAGGAAUCCUGUCUGGAACCUCAGACCUGCUGCUCACUUUCGACGAAGCUGAGGUGCGUAAGAUCAUUCGUGUGUGUAAGGGGAUCCUGGAGUAUUUGACUGUAGCUGAGAUUGUGGAGACCAUGGAGGACCUGAUCACCUACACCAAGAACCUAGGACCAGGUAUGACUAAGAUGUCUAAGAUGAUUGAGAAGCGACAGCAGGAGUUGACCCAUCAGGAACACAGAGAGAUGCUAUUCAACUCCCUGAACACUGUCAAACAACUACUGCCUGUACUCAUAUCAGCCAUAAAGAUAUUUGUAGCGACUAAGAGCACACAUAGUGCUGGGGUGGAUGAGGCAGAGAGAAACAGAUGCUUUACGUUUGAGAAGAUGAGUGCUGAGAUUAGUGAGAUCAUCAGAGUCCUACAGCUUACCACCUGGGAUGAAGACACAUGGGCCAACAAGAAGGACAUGGAGUGUAUGAAACGUUCUCUGGCGGUGAUAGAGGCUAAGAUGACCAUGGCGAAAGGCUGGCUCAAAGACUCCCAUGGACAACCAGGCGAGCCCGGGGAUGUAGCGGUGCGUGUGAUAUUGGAUGAGGCAGGGAAGGUAGGAGAACUGUGUGCUGGAAGGGAACGCAGAGACACACUUGGAACAGCAAAGACUCUGGGACAGAUGACUGACCAGGUCACAGAGCUACGUGUCAGAGGACAUGGUCUGUCUCCACUAUGUGUUCAGCGGGCCGGUCAGUGUUCUCAGGGUCUGGACCUGCUGCUUGGGAAAGUGGACAGUGCCACCCGCAGGCUCGAGGCUUUAAUUAAAGCUAAACUGGCAUUCGCUAGGAGACUGGAUGCUGCCCAGGCAUGGCUGGCAGAUCAUAAUGGGGGUCCAGAGGGUGCAGAAAACAUCAGAGCCUUGCUGGCCAAUGCCCAAAAAAUCGCUGACCUGUGCGAAGACCUCCUCGAGAGAGACGACAUCCAGAGAUCCAUCAAUGAGAUUGCGGGGCUCACCGCACGACUAGUGGAGCUACGCAAGCGGGGUAAAGGGGACAGUCCAGAGGUGCGUGCGCUAUGUAAACUCAUUGGAGCAGCUCUCCUGACCCUACAGGCUAAGACCAACAGAGCGGUGGCCAACAUGAGACCUGCCAAACCAGCCAUCACUCUGCAAGGCAAGAUGGAGCAGGCCCUACGCUGGGUCAACAACCCUGGACAGAAUGACAGGGGUGUGGUGUGUGAGCGGCCACAGCACAACUCAGGUCAGGCAGCAAUCCGGGGCUUGGUAUCGGAGGGCCGCCGGUUGGCUGGAGGGCUGGGGGGGCCGUACCGGCAGGACAUGAUUGUCUGCUGCGAUCGCAACGAGGCGCUGAUGACAUCACUGGCAGACAUAGCGGGGAGGGGAGAGGCCGAAGCCCCGCAGGCUAAAGCUACUGCUUCACAACUACAGGAAAGUCUGAAGGACUUGAAGGGUCGUAUGCAGGAAGUCAUGACCCAGGAAGUAUCCGAUGUGUUCAGUGACACCACCACCCCCAUUAAACUACUGGCUGUGUCUGCGACUGCCCCCCCAGAGGCCCCGCACAGAGAGGAGGUGUUUGAUGAGCGUGCUGGUAACUUUGAGGCCCAUGCGGGUCGCCUGGGCGCAACAGCGGAGAAGGCAGCGGCCGUGGGAUCAGCUAAUAAAAACACAGUUGAGGGAAUACAGGCUACCGUUAAACACACCAGAGAACUCACUCCACAGGUGACCUCCGCAGCUCGUAUCCUGUUGAAGAAUCCAGGUAACCAGGCGGCCUACGAACACUUUGACACCAUGAAGAACCAGUGGAUCGACAAUGUAGAGAAACUCACUGGUCUGGUGGAUGAAGCCAUAGACACCAAGUCUCUGCUGGAUGCGUCUGAGGAGGCGAUAAAGAAGGACAUCGAUAAGUGUCGUGUCGCCAUAGCGAAUGUACAGCCGCAGAUGCUAGUUGCCGGGGCGACCAGCAUAGCUCGGCGAGCCAAUCGUGUACUUCUGGUAGCGAAGAGAGAGGUGGAGAACUCAGAGGACCCAUGGUUCAGAGAAGCAGUGAAACGUGCAUCAGAUAUACUUAGCCACACUAUAUCACCUAUGGUUAUAGACGCUAAGGCUGUGGCCGGAAAUAUACAGUACCCAGCCCUUCAGAAGGCCUUUUUAGAUUCUUGCCUCAGAAUUCUGGCUGCUGUUGGGAAGGUCAGAGAAGCCUUCAGCCUCCCGGAACCAGACUUCCCCCCUCCACCCCCAGACCUAGACAAGCUACACGUGAGUGAUCAGGAGCAGGCCCCGCCUAAGCCCCCCCUACCAGAGGGAGAGGUGCCCCCACCCCGCCCCCCACCUCCAGAGGAGAAAGAGAGAGACAAAGAUGAAGACUUUCCAGAGCAGAAGGCAGGAGAGCUGCUCAGUGAGCCCAUGAUGGUGGCUGCUAGGCAACUACACGAUGAGGCACGCAAGUGGUCCAGCAAGCCUGAGGAAGAGGAGGGUGUAGAGGUAGAUGAUGAAGAAGAGUUUACUGACGGUGAGGAUGACUAUGAGCCAGAGCUGUUAAUGAUGCCGUCUAACGGCAAUGCCGUAAAUCAACCCAUCCUAGCCGCCGCACAAUCGCUUCAUCAGGAGGCGCGCAAGUGGUCCAGCAAGGGAAAUGACAUCAUUGCGGCGGCCAAGAGGAUGGCGUUGCUGAUGGCUGAGAUGUCCCGGUUGGUACGUGGCGGCAGCGGUAAUAAGCGGGCUAUGAUCCAGUGUGCUAAAGACAUUGCCAAAGCCUCGGAUGAGGUCACCAGGUUGGCCAAAGAGGUGGCCAAGCAGUGUACUGACCGACGCAUCAGAACCAACCUGCUGCAGGUGUGUGAGCGUAUCCCCACCAUCAGUACUCAGCUGAAGAUCCUGUCAACAGUCAAAGCCACCAUGCUGGGACGAACCAACAUCAGCGAGGAGGAGUCUGAACAAGCUACAGAGAUGCUGGUCCAUAAUGCCCAGAACCUGAUGCAGUCAGUCAAGGAGACCGUGAGAGAGGCCGAAGCUGCUUCAAUCAAGAUCCGCACCGAUGCAGGCUUCACCCUGCGCUGGGUCCGCAAGACCCCCUGGUACCAGUAACACAUACCGGUGCCAACACACACACACAAACAAACAGGUGUAGUUUUACGGCAUACUCUGUAUGUGUAGUUAGUAGAGUACACUUAACAACAUCCCUGUUGAAAUAAGUUUGAGUUGUUAGCUCCAAAGUUAAAUUUAUCCGUUACCAUGUUAUUAUGUAGGACAACAGCUUCAAUAUAUAUUUUUUGUAUGUUGGGUUUCAAGAGUUUUUUUUAGCAUGAAGAGUUUUUAUAUUUUCUAAACAUGGUGACUUAUUUUUUUACCUGUCCCAUUCUAAAUGAAUGUCACCAGCCCACUUCAACCACUGGUACACAAUGAAUGGGUUCUAAAUGCCACCCUAUUCCCUAUAUAGUGCACUACUUUUGACUACAGCCCUAUGGGUCCUGAUCAAAAGUAGAGCACUACAUAGGGAAUAGCAUGUGACGUACAGUGACAGCUUUGUUUGUAUGAUGUUAAUAUGAUAUGAAGUGAGUGUGAGAUGCUAUUUAUUGACUUCUGGAAGCUGUCAGGCUGGCGUGUUGGUUGGUGCUCAAGAGAUGCUUCCUGUGUUUUUACUGAAUUUUAUUUGACAUGUCACAAACCUCACCAAAGACUUUGUUUUACACCACUGUAUAUGAACAUACACUAUACACUACCGUUGGAAAGUUUGGAGUCACUUAGACAUUUUGCCAAUUAAAAUAACAUGAAAUUGAUCAGAAAUACAAUGUAGACAUUGUUAAUGUUUUAAAUGACUAUUUUAGC